UUUGGUUCAUUGUUGAUCAUGAGUAUGCCUUCGUAGUGACCACUAUUAGCGAUAAAUUUAGCGUGAUAAGCGAAAAGGCGGUGAUGCAGAAGAGGAGUACCUGGGAUCACCUGAUGGCACGGUGCCCAAAUUGACUCGAGAGGAUGUGGCAGAACUAGACAGAGAGCACAUUAAGUUCACACUGACAAAUCUUGAACAGAAGCAACUCUCCACUCGAACCGACAUUAAUAUGCAUGUCAUUCAUGACUACAAGGAAAAGCUCAAGAAGCUCGAAGGAGAACGAGCUGUGCUCGACGCAGCCAGGGAAACUAUGGAAGAACAUAUAGCCGUGUUGGACAAUAUGCGUAGAGAUCGUUUGGUUGAGUUUAUGGAUGGCUUUGAAAAGAUAGGUCUUGGCUUGAAAGAAAUGUACCAAAUGAUCACUCUCGGUGGUGAUGCUUCUUUGGAUCUGAAGGAUUCCAUGGACCCAUUCACGCAGGGCAUUCAAUUUAUGGUUCGUCCUCCGAAGAAAUCUUGGAAACAAAUCGAAAAUUUAUCGGGUGGAGAAAAAACACUUGCCUCCCUUUCACUUGUCUUCGCUCUGCAUCAUUAUCGGCCAACGCCUCUGUAUGUCAUGGACGAGAUAGACGCAGCUUUAGACUUCAGAAAUGUUUCCAUAAUUGCUCAUUACAUUAAGGAUCGUACAAAAAAUGCACAGUUCGUAAUCAUUUCUCUGCGUAAUAACAUGUUUGAACUAGGUGAUCGACUAAUUGGAAUUUACAAGGUAUAG